CUGCCUAUAGCAAAAGAUGUUUGGGAUGCUGUAAAACUGUCUUACUCUGAUAUUAAAAGUUUCUCUCAAAUUUAUGAUCUAAAAUCAAAGUUAUGGAAUUUAAAGCAGAAUGACAUGGAUGUCACUACCUACUAUAAUGAAUUGAUGGCCCUUUGGCAAGAGUUGGAUCAGUGCUAUGAUUAUAACUGGAGGUGUACUGAAGACAGUGUUCAGUUUAUUAAGACGCAGGAGAAUGACCGUGUCUUUAUUUUUCUUGCUGGUCUCAACAAGGAACUUGAUGAAGUAAGAGGUAGAAUUCUUGGAAAUAAUCCGCUGCCAACCAUCCGAGAAACUUUUUCAGAAAUCAGAAGGGAGGAGGCUAGACAAAAAGUGAUGAUGGGAAAGCCAAACUCAGCAACUGAUGGUUCUGCCCUUGUCAUAAACAACUUCAAUAAAGACAGCAAGAAAUAUGGUAAGAAAAAUGGUAAACUCUGGUGUGAUCACUGUAAAUUCUGGUGCUAUCACACACAAGAGACUUGUUGGGAACUUCAUGGAAAGCCUCCUAAUUGGAAAAAGAAGGGUGAGGGUCGUGCACUUCAAGCAACUUCUGAUCAAGAGCCGCAGUCUUCCGUAAAUGCAUUUCCAUUCACUAAGGAACAACUAGACCAAAUGUACAAACUCCUAGAGUCUCAAACACCUUCGUGCUCCAUAGCCCAGAAAGGAUUUGAUCUCGGGGAGGAUGAUUGGCACUGCUGAGGAAAGUGGUGGACUCUACUACUUGGAAGAUGAACAAAAAACCAGACAUCAAUUUGGACCAAUAAGUUUUUCUCCUGUUAAAUCUUUUUUUGUUUCAAAUAAUAAGGAUGACAUUAUGUUGUGGCAUUUAAGAUUAGGCCACCCUAGUUUUAAGUAUUUAAGUUCAUUGUUUCCUAAACUUUUUGUUGAACAAGACAUUUCGUCACUUCAAUGUGAGGUUUGUGAGUUUGCUAAACAUCAUCGAAGUGUUUUUCCAAUUCAAUCUUAUAAACCUUCAAAACCCUUUUCAAUGAUUCAUAGUGAUGUUUGGGGGCCUAAUCGAACAAGUACUUUAUCCAACAAAAAAUGGUUUAUCACUUUCACAGAUGAUCAUACUAGACUUUGUUGGGUAUACUUGUUGAAAGAAAAAUCUGAGGUAGGUCAAAUAAUUAAAAACUUUUGUAAAUUGGUGCAGACGCAGUU